AUGUCUUUAUACCGGCCUGAACAUAAAUUUGAGCAUUUCGAGAAUUCAGUAUCUGGCAGUUGGGAUCCAUCUUUUGAUGUUCACGAAAACGAAAAUGAAAUUAUUGUAAAUGCUGAAUUACCAGGAAUCACUAAAGAACAAAUCAAUCUUGAUGUUCGUAAAAAUGCACUUGUAAUUUCUGGUAAAAAUAAACGAGAUGAAAAAUAUGAAGAAGGAAAUAUACAUAUUCAAGAACAUAGUUAUGGAAGUUUUACUCGUGCUAUUUCUCUUCCUCGUAACGUUAAAACUUCAGAUAUCACAGCUAAGUUUGAACAAGGUAUACUUGAAGUGAAACUUCCAAAGGAUGAGAAUGAG